CAUAAGUGAGAAGUAAACGCGAACUGCCUCAUUCCUUUAACGGAUAUCGAAUGGACACAUUCUGCCUGUAUUGCUGUGCACUGCGCUGUCAACUGACAUACCAAGGACUGAAGGCUACACAGAAAAGAAAAAGACACCAGACCGAAGAUCAUGACCAUGAGCAAUCAACAGACUACUGGGACGACAGCGCCCCUGGACCUGACGACUAAACCUCGCGAAGGGAAAGCUAGCGAGGAGGACAGCAGGGGCCGACCUCAGUUGGACAGGGCCUUCUGUCACAAUGGUCAUGUGACGGACAACGGCGUGGCAAAGGUGAAAACCGAGUCUUUUCACCCAGGAGUGGAUCCCAAAUGGAGCAACGGCGUGGAAAACCACUCCGCCAUAAAGAGGCUGGAUGAUCACUGUAGGGCAGUGCCAAUGAAGACUGUCAAAGAGGAGGCAGGGAGAACUCCCGACGACCUUCCCGUGACCCCUCUUCCUCGGCCCAGGUCACCCCACCGAGCGUCGCCCUUAUCGCCAACGAAAUGCGCCGCGGAAAGAACCAUGGCUGACGGCGACCCGAAGCCAAUGGACAAAUCUGCCUCCAGCCUCCCUUUCAGAAAACGCCAUUUUCCUGAACGAGACACGCUGGGUCUGCAACGGUCAUCCCCUGUCGGCGAAAUCCCUCAGUCCCCCAUUCACGACGAAGAGUUCAGAUGCAGCCCGGGCCUGCCGAAGAUGCCGAAGAGAAAUGCACCAAAAGACUCCGGUUACCUCCCUCCAGUGGCACUGCAACCCUUUACCACUAAUGGACAGGACGACAGGAGGCCAGCCACCGAGCCCUAUGCACCUUUACCAGCCUAUGCACCUUACUUCCGAGUCCCUUUUCCGGGCUACACACUCUGUCCUGUACCCCAAGUCCUCAUCAAUGUUCCCAUCACACCCCUCUCACUACCUCUCCCCCCCAUGGAAGAGAUGGACCGCCUGUCACGAGAUGCUGCCAUGGCAACACGCCAGGACGAUGAUGGAGAUACGGCUCUGCACAUUGCAGUGGUGCAAGAGCAGGAUGCUGUGGUCCACAGACUGAUCCACACAUUGGUCCAGGCGAACAAAGACCUGGAUAUCUACAACAACCUGAGACAGACCCCGCUGCACUUGGCCGUGAUCACCAAUCAGGCGCCCCUUGUCCAGGCCCUGCUCCAGGCGGGCUCUGACCCCGGGGCCCUGGACCGGAACGGCCAGACGGCAGCGCACCUGUGCUGCGAGCACGGCCUGGGCUCCUGCCUGCAGCUGGUCCUCUCCCACCGCUCCCCCUCGGCCUGCCUGGAGGUCAGGAACUACGAGGGUCUGACCCCCCUCCACCUGGCUGUCCACAACGGGAACAAGGAGCUGGUCCGCCUGCUGCUAGAGAGAGGGGCAAACAUUGACGCUGUGGAUAUAAAAAGUGGUCGCAGCCCCCUCAUUCACGCUGUGGAAAACAACAACAUGGAGAUGAUCGGCUUCCUUAUCGAGAACGGCUGCAACGUGAACGCCCAGUCCUACAGUGGGAACACGGCCCUCCACAGUGCCUGCGGUCGGGGGCAGGUGGAGGCAGUGCGCAUUCUGCUGCGGAACGGGGCCGACAGCAGCCUGAAGAACUACCACAACGACACCGCCCUCAUGGUGGCCAAGAACAAGAAGGUGACGGAUGUGUUGCGUGGGAAAGGUACACGUAGCCAGAACCCUAAACCUCUGGAGCCCCUAUCUGAUCCCCCAUCCCCUCAGAGACACACCCCUCAGUCCCGACAGCACAGCGUUAAUGGAACACCUGUGCAGUCUCCAAACCACACCCUCCAUCGCUCCCCAUUGGCCACUCCAACCAACAUGGCUCUGCCCCUUCAGCACAGUCCUUCCCACUCACCGAGGGCUCCUUCCACUCGCUCUCCCCUCAGCCAAUCUGCUGAGAUCGGAUGCAAGUCUCCAGGGGUGAUGGAAGAAAGAGAACAACAACUGCACCUUAUGCAGCCCAACAUGGCAGUAGACCCCAGACUGGCCCAGGGAAUGCCACACUCACUUCUGCCGGUUCUACCAGGGUGCAACCUUUAUCAGUCUGCCAAUUUGGAUGGUCAAGUAGGACCAAUUAUUCCCAGUUACCAUCCUUACCACACCCCUGUCCUACAGAGAACACUCUACCCUGAGCCUCCUUAUAUCCUGUUUCCAGCCAACCUCCCCCCUCAGGCUAGCCACUGCCCACCAGUUCACCACAGCCAAUCACGUCCAUCCAGCCACAGCAGUGACCAAUCAGAUGCGUCUACCAUGAGCAUCAGCAGUGGGGGCAAAGGUGAUAGUUGACAGGGGAGAAUUGUGCAGGUUGACAGGAAGUAAAAUCCAAUCGCUUCAUGGAUUUCUUCAUGUUAUGGAUUUCACACUUGUGAUGCCCUGAGCACAUUACCCUAGUAUACAGUAUUCCUUGCAAAGGGCUUUGUUUUGCACUGUGACUGCUCAGAGACUUAUCAUAAGGAAGUUUUGAGCCAGAAAUCAAUGAAUGUGACAGGAACGUUUGGGAUUUGGUCUGGCGAAAAUGACAGACUUGAAGGAUGAAAACUUUACAUUGCAUAAACAGCAUGUCCUCCUUAUGUGUUCAUUGCACAGGUCCAGUAGGCUAGAUUUAAGGGCACUAUAUUUCCAUUGUAUCGACAGCAUUGAACAGAACAUUUUGAUAAUGCUCUGUGUAUUUAUUUUAGAAUUUCCAGAUGUUGUUUGUUUUCUCACUAGGAAAUGCCGUGGAACUUUGAUUGCAAAACCACUUUGACUUUAUGCACUGACUGAAAUUAUUUUCACAUCCAACUAAAAAGGGUACAUAAGUACAAUAUGACACCUGCCACUGUGAUAAAUGUAUAUUUGUCUCUUUGACACAUUGACAUAGAACAACACAACUGAGUUUGAUAGCAAUAUAGCAACCAUACUGUGCUACCAGCUCCCUAAAAGGAGAAGGGGUUUCAUCUGACAAGGCCUCCUUUCAAAUUGCUUGAGAGAACAUUAUCAGUCACCCACUUUUAUGAGAUGGCCUCUUGUGAUGGUUUAAUAGUCUUCUUACAUGAAAUGUGGUGUUUUACCAUGGUGGAGUUCAUGCCAAAUACACACAGUCACUGGUGUUUGUAGUGACUAGACCAUAUUGGGCACACAUACAGCGUUAUAUGUACAUGUAAGUCUAUGUCUUAUUUCUACAGUCUGAAAGACGAAGGUCCUACAGACAUGUAAGUCCACAUAGCCUUAAAAUGACAGAUGAAAAUGAACUGAU